AUGGAAGAAAUACUUGGGAAUGGAAGUGUUCCAAACAACCAAUGCUCUAAUAAUAAGAAUGAAACAGGGAGCACGGAAGGCUGUAUGAGUGAGACUAUAAGUAAAGAAAGAGCUGAAGCUGCGAAGAAUGAUGCAGGACUACCACUCUUCAAUUUAAAAAGAGUUUUAGCUGCAACAAACAACUUCAAUGUAGCGAAUAAACUGGGAGAGGGAGGAUUUGGCCCUGUUCAUAAGGUGACACUUUCUAAACUGCUUGAUAAAUACUAA